GUCACAGACGUCACCGAAUCCGGCAACACUAAAAUGGCCUCUAACAAAAAGUAACCUCACAUUGUAUUGGACAUAAUUUACAUGUGGCGUUUCAAUUUCUCCUUUUAAUCGCUUAUCAUUAUCGUGUACAAGAAAAUUCAAAUCGUGUUUUACUGCAAUCAGUAGUAAGUGCGCGACUAUCGAAUUAUAGUGAAUGAUGUAAAUGAAGUGGCAGGUGAAUUUUUGCACCUAAAUUUUGAGUUUUCGGUCCGACCUGAAUGGGACCAAAAAUGCCAGUUUCAUGUGAAAAUUCAGAUUCAGCUAUCAGUUCGUCCAUCCGGGAUUCGCUGGGGACGUACAAUAGCAUAACAAAAUCGUCCAAUUUGGGAAUAGGAAAGAAUCAACUGAGUGCCGCGUUGAAACAGACUCUGUUGAAGCCAAUUGAAUAUGUUGAAUCGCCACCCGGUUUCGGUUACUCUAUUCAAGAAUCGUUGAAGGCAAAGUACACCGUACUGAGGCCAUCGGAAGAGGAAAAAACGACAACAGCGGCAAUCAGUGGUUCAACGUCUCAAUUGUCCAAAUGUGGCAACGGAACAAAAUUGAAUGGAGCCAGUCUGCCAUCGCCGAAAGUAGUUCUGUUUCCACGGGAUAAAGUUCAAAUUGGCUGGGGAAAUGCGAGGAAGUGGUCGGUCGGCUCUGGUAUGGUAAAUUUGGGGAACACUUGCUAUCUCAAUUCAACGUUGCAAGCCCUGUUCCACGUACCAUCAUUCGCCAAUUGGCUACAGUCCGACAGUGAUCACCGGAGCCGGUGCGAAGAAUUAAGUGGCUCUCAACACGGCUGUAUAAUCUGCGCAAUGGCUGACGUUCUGCAAUCGACCCAAUCCAAUCAAUGUCCAACGAAACCGAUUCAAGUCUAUUCGAAGCUGAAACACAUUUGCCGUCACUUGGUGCACGGUCACCAGGAAGACGCUCACGAAUUUCUACGCUAUCUGAUGGAGUCGAUGGAAAAGGCAUUUCUGGCUCGCUACAAAAACAGCAAAGAAUUCGAGCAGUACACGAAAGAGACGACACCGAUCAAUCAAAUACUUGGCGGCUACCUGCGCACAUCCGUCAAAUGUCUGUCCUGUCAAUACGAAUCGGUAACGUUUCAACAUUUCGAGGACCUGCUGCUGGACAUACGCAGGGUGAGCACCAUCGACGAAGCGUUGAAGUAUCAUUUUGCGCGCGAACGUUUGGAGGAAAUGGAUUACACAUGCGAAUCGUGCAAGAGAAAAGUGUCGGCCACCAAGCAAUUUUCGUUGGAACGAGCGCCGGUGGCGUUAUGCAUCCAAUUGAAACGGUUCUCCGGCAUCAAUGGCAAGAUCAGCAAACACAUCAACAUUUCGCCGUAUCUCGAUUUCAGUCAAUAUUCGUCCAGGGACAUGAAGCAUAGUCAAUUAAAGUAUAGAUUAGUAUCGAUGAUCACGCAUCUGGGCUCAACGCCACAGUGCGGUCACUACACAGCGAUCGGAUGCUGCCAGGACGGAUCGUACUAUCAAUUCGAUGAUAGUUCCGUGCGAUCAAUGUCCAACAACAGUAUGCUGAACACCAAUCCGUACAUCAUUUUCUACGAAUUGGUCCCAUCAUCCAAGCCAGUGGCAACAUCCACCUCGAUGGUACACGCUGAGAGUAGUAACAAGCGAACCGAAACCAGUACCCUAUUCAUUGGUCCGUUGUUGCCGGUGACGAGUACAGUGAACAAACCGGUCCUAUCGCCGGUGGUCAACGGUUGUGCAACGAAACCAUACGCUUCGUCGACAAGCAAUGGAUUCGUCGAUAGUAGGAAAUUGGUUACCGGUCCGAAUAAUCCGAUGACACCGCAGAGGAAAAUCAACGACACGGCAUCAUCGGCUGCCAUCACUAAGUUAGCGUCCACCAAUGGCAGUACGUCGACUGAAACGUUGACCAAAAAUGUGGACAAGAACUGGACGACGGUGUCGGAAUCGUUGCCAUCAAUUGUAAAUACGAGUAAUGCACUGCCCAUGUGUGAUCCGCUACGAAUUUCUGAACCAGCCAACAAAUCAUGCACGGAAACGGUAACCAAAAAAUCAUCCGACGACAGUAGAAGCAGCAGCGAUUCGGAAUCGGAAAUGUCGUCGACACCGAAAUUAGCCACACUGCCUAGUAUGCCCGAACUGAAGUCAAAUUCACCGACAGCGCUUCAGAAUGGAAAUGUUACACCGUCAUUGAAUGGCAUUCGAUCGACGGACACGGGAGACUCCAAACGAAGUUCGGACAGUGGAAAUUCGUGCACACCGAACAAAGAAUCGGUGACAGCGAACAGUUCGGCACGAAAGUUUCACAGCACGUUAGACCAUAAAGGCACGGUGGCCGUAUAUGUUUCACCGGCGAAAACACAUAGUCCAAUCAAUCAACCGAAGUGCGAAGCAAAUCGGAAAUUAGUAGCGUUAACGUACCGGGAAUCGGCUGAAAGUGAAAAUAAAAUCCGAAGUCCCAGCCUGCCGGUGAAUUCGUCGCGUCAGACACUGAAUCCGUUCAGUAAAACUAUCGCCAAAAAUGGUAAACACAAACCGAACGGUCACCAUGCUCACCACCACAGCACAUACAAUCAACGGACUGCGAAACCGACAAACGGUUAUGUGGUUAGUCCACGCAAAAGUCUCGUUCCAUACGUUUGUCACGACGAUUCGGAUAGCAACGAUGACGAUCGCAACUCACCGCCAAUGGUCAAAACGAAAGCGGGACCGUUCCAGGUGACGAAAAACACAACAAAUGGCAACAGUAACGGUCACCGUGUCGGUGAUGCGCGAAUGUCAUGGUCGAAAUCUAGUAAUGGUGGACGAAUACCGUCGCUGAAUACGUGGAACGGCAGCACGUCUAUCUUACAGGAUGAGAUUCUGAACGAACAACGCGAAAAUAAGAAACGCAAAUUGGACAAAGACUUCGACCAGGACAUCGACGUGGGAAGAAUGAAGAAGAAACGUAGCAACGGACACAAUGGCGACCGCGACAAUCCCAAUUACAAUGCAUUCCAGGAACAUCAGAAUCGAAGCCGUGGUCCACCACAACGACACCAUCGUCGCAAUAACAACAACAACAGCAACAAUAACAACAAAAAGAAUCGAUUCUUUCCCGUUAAGAAAUGGAUGCACGGUCAAGAUAUCCGCAACCAUUUACAGUUUUAGGAUUUGUCGAAUUGGCGAGAGAGUUUUCUCUGCGCUCUGUUUGUCAAACUGAGCUGAUUUGGUUGCAAAACAUUUUUUUUUCUCGUUACGAUCGGAGAGAAUCGGAUUCGCAAUGCAUUGUCAAUGUCAGAAAUUCUGUUGAUUACAAUUUUUCGUAUCUAAUAGGUUUUUAUUAAAAUUGAACAGUGAGAAAUAGGGAGGAAAGAAGAAGCGGUAGUUUUUAAGCAUAAUAAUUAUAAGACCCGACUUGUAUGUACAAUUGAUUAAGAAAUAUUAAAAUGAUGUUCUUCAUCUCACCUAAAA